AUGAAUAACCAACCAAGAAUACCCUUCCAUGUCUCUUCACAAAUCCGGCAAUCUCAACCUCCAAGUACUUCGACUUCCAUCUCGGUUGAAACAGUGGAACACUCUGUCCAAAAUCUCAUCAAAAGCUGGCACAGAAGGCAAAGAUGGAUGCACCUUUGGAAUCCUAUACUAGUACUAGACCCCAAUAGAGAAUCAUGGAGAAACCACUUAAUCAAGUUUCUGGAAUCAACACCAGUCCACGUUUUUGCAAUCUCACUGCUUCUUCUGGACCUCAUCUUAACUAUCCUAGAACUUUCCUCUUCUUUACUUUCAUGCACCCCAGAAGAAGAUAAUAAGAUAGAAAAAGUUUGGUACCAUUGGGCGGGGGUUGGUAUAUUAAGCCUUCUUUCUGCUAAGUCGGCUGCUCUAGUUGUGGGGCUGGGCAGCUCCUUCUUUAAGCGGCCAGGUUAUGUUGUUGAUGGUGCAGUUGUUAUCGGGGCACUAUUCUUGGAAGCGUUUUUGGAGAGGAACGGUGGAGGAUUGCUUGUAGUUGUGAGUUUGUGGCGAGUUGUGAGGUUGGUGGAGAGCGCGUUUGAGUUGAGUGAUGAGGCCAUCGAAGCACAGAUUGAAGGAAUAGUUAGCCAGUUUGAAGCACUUAGCAAGGAGAAUACAAGGCUGUUGAAGACAAUUGCAGAGAAAGAUAAUAUGAUAGAGAAGCUACAGAAGAUAAUACAGAAGCUAGAAAAGGAAUUGGAUCAAAACAGGAGUACAUAUAUACACGAUUCUUCGUGA